AUGGGAAUUACAGGGCUUCUUUCUCUUAUUCAUCCUGUACUUAGGAAGUGCAAGAUUGGCGAUUUCAAAGGAAAAACAGCUGGUGUCGAUGGAUUUGUAUGGCUCCAUCGCGGAUGUAUUUCCUGUGCUAAAGAUAUCGCAAAGAAUCUCCCAUGCAAAAGCUAUAUUUCAUUUUUUAUGAAAAGAGCUCAAAUGCUUAUCGACAAUGGAAUAAAACCUAUUAUAGUUUUUGACGGACGAGAACUUCCAGCAAAAAUCGGAACAAAUGAAAAGAGAAGAGCUCUUCGAAAUACAAGUUUACAGAAAGCAGAUGAAUUAGAGAGAAGAGGGUUAUCAUCAGAAGCAUAUGAAUACUAUAAGAAAGCAAUAGAUAUUUCACCUCAAGUAUUAUUCCCAUUAUUCAAGUCAUUACGCAAGAAGCAUAUUGAUUUUUUCGUUGCUCCAUACGAAGCUGAUGCGCAACUUUCUUAUUUAGCCAGAAAUAAAAUUUGUGAUUUCGUAAUCACAGAAGAUUCAGACUUAAUUCCAUACGAAUGCCCUCUUACUAUCUUUAGACUCGACUCAGAUGGUAAUUGCGAUGCUAUAAGCUAUGCAGAUCUAAUAAAUGUUCCAAUUUUGAAGUCAUUUACUCCUAGAAUGAUACUUGAAGCAUGCGUUCUAUCAGGAUGCGAUUAUCUACCAUCUGCACCUAAUUUUGGCAUAAGAACGGCGUUCAAACUAGUUGGUCAGACGGGAAGUGGUCAAAAAGCAAUUGAUGCUGCAGAAAGGACCGGAAAAGUUGCAUUUCCACCAGGAUACAGAGAGUCUUUUGAUGUAGCUGUUUCAGUUUUUCGACAACAAAAAGUAUUUGAUCCUCGGUCGAAAAUAACUGUUCCAUGCUUCGAAGCAGGCAAUUGUGAGUUGGCUGGAGAAGAUUUGGAUACUAAAGAUGCUCGAAAUUUGGCGAUCGGAUUAUUAAAUCCGAGAACAUUGGAACCAUUUGAAGAACUAAGUGAUGAUGAAGAUAGCCAAUCUCCUGCUAUUCCAAGAUUCAACAUUACAGCCACUGAGAGUGCAAGGAGACAAUUCAAGUCACAUUUCGGAGAGGAGGAAGUUCCCCUCAGGACGAUAAAAGUCCCUCAAUUAUCUUUUGAACCAAAAUUCAUAGGAAAGAAGUGUGUAGUGCCGACAUCGUUCACACCGCCAAGUAGAAGGAUGCUUAAGAAAUAA